CCGGCGGGUUCGAAUAGUUGCCUAGUCUUCGUCAGUUGUCACAGAGGUUAAAUUUGGGGAGAGCUCCAGGCUACUUGUGUCAAAAUGCCGCACAAAAGACGGUCUUCUGUGGGAUUUGCUUUGUCCCCAACUAAGCGAUCAUCCAUCCUGACUACCCCACACUCAGAAACUCCACUUGCAAAGAGACAGUCUCUGGCCGACAUGUCAUUAACGUCUGACAAUGUUUUCUUGGAUGUACCGGAAAAUAAUGAUGAGCAAGAAAAGAAGGAACGUCAGUUAAAUCGUCUACAGCAACAGAGACAAUCACGGAACUUUUCCUCCCCGACUGUAAAACCCGCAGACAGUCGCAAGUCUGUCAAUGCUGUAGCUGGACUCACAAACCAACAGCUCACAGAACAUUAUUCAAAGUGCAUUCAACUUUCAACUGAAAAUAAAAUUAGCGUGAAGAAUGCAUUCAAUCUACAACUUAUCGACUACAUGUCUGAGAUGCUUCAAAGAAAGGAUUCUGAUAUGAACAACUUCCAGGUUGCCAGCUGUACCUUAGAUGCAAGCGCUAAGAUUUACGCAUACCGUGUGGACAGCAUUCACACAGAUACACUGAAGAUAGCUGGUGGCUUAGGUCGUACUCAAGGUAAAGAGAAGAACAAGGAAAAUGGUGAGGAUGAUCACAUAGAAGGAGCAACUGUAGGAGAUAAGAAGAGAAGAAAGGUGAAAAGGAAAGUCAUAGAAACAAAUUUAAAGAACAUCAACAUUACCAACUUUGAUCUGGAGUUUGACGUUGAUCCCUUGUUUAAGAAGACCGCCUCACAGUUUGAUGAUGGGUGUUCUGGCAGUGGGAUCUUCCUUAAUUGUCUUCAGUUACAGGAUGAUUCGUGUGCCUUGAUGCUGGACGCUGAGACAGUCAUCAACAACUUCAGGGAAGAGACAACACCCGCUAAGACAGAAAAGGUACUCGUACCCAAACCUGAAGAUUUAACCAAAAAGUUGAUAUGUCCAACCUUUGCACCAUUUGAGUUUACAAGUUGGAAGUUAGGUGACGAGGAUUCCUUCUGUGACACCUCUAAAGUGAUGGGCGACAUGGAUGACAACCACAGAUUUGAUGUUAAUGCUAUACCUGCGCCAAUCGACGAAAAUGAUGAUUUUAUUGAUGAUGAUCACUUUGGAGGUGAUGAGUGCCCUGAGGAUGGCACUGUGAUGACUAUUGGACAAGAAGGGUGCCAGAAAAUGCCUCAACAAGUCAUGGAAGCUGUGCACCUGAAGGAUCACUUAGCGCUGAACCCGUCAGAGUACUCUUACUUUGACAACCGCUUGUUGUCUGCUUGGGCUGGACCUCGACACUGGAGGAUGCAGCCAUUAUCAAAAGUAAAAGCCAUGAACAGUGACAAAGCAGAUGCUAAUAAACGGAAGAAAAAGGAAUUUAUCUCUUUACUAUACGACAAAGAGGAUGAGGACCCAGACAUAGCCAAGGCUUUUGCUGUGACCCGCAAAGCAACGAAACUCUCACAGAUUACUCUAAAAAUCUGGAGCAAAGAGAAGUCUACGCUGCCCGUUGACUUACAUUACAAAGCAAGAAAUUUUACAAAAUUGUUUGGGCGUCCGUUGAUCGUCAUACAGAGGCAGAAAAAAGCGGCGGCUGUCGACGAUAGCAUACACGAAUAUGACUACGACAACCAGAAUGACCGAGAUAAUUACUGUACUGAUGUGGAUGAUGGGGAGAAUUUAGGAGGCGGCUACGACAUUACGGAGAACUUCAGCCAGACAAUCAUCGGUUCACAGCCCUUAACUGGAGAGGAAGCAAGUAAUAAAACAUCUGACUUCUUAGAGAAUAUGGUCGCUGCUCCAAACAAGGUAGCAAAACUGAACAUCGGUUAUGCUCGCACAGCCAAGAAGGUGGACAUGAAGAAAUUGAAGGGAACCAUGUGGAGUUUGCUGUCAGAUCCAACUACCAAUAAAGAAAAUGAGAACCAGAAUGAGAACCAGGCUGAAAUGGACCCCAAUCAAAUUGUCAGCUUCUCUUUAUUAUACAAGAAACUAACUCCCAGAUUGUCAUCCAAGAUGCAAGAAAACAUCUCUAUUCCACUUGCAUUUAGCGCUCUCCUCCAUUUAGCCAACGAGCAUAAUUUGGAGCUUUAUGGUUCAGGAAGUUUGGAGGAUUUUUCAGUCAAACAAGGAUAAUAAUUGCUUUAGUGCCUAUUAGGGUAAUUCACCCAUGUAGGGGAUAUAUAACAUUCAGAAAAACCCGCACCUCAAGGCCGCCCCUGUUGCUAUGUUUAAUAGGCUCAUGGUGUCCCCCCAAAAAAGGAACACAUUUAAAGGACACAAAAAUGGACUCCUUUGAUUAUAUUUAUUUAUUUUAUGAACACAAAGUUGGCUCUGUGUGACCUCUAAAUUUUAUCCAAUUGGGUUCAAAAUGUUACUAUAAACUCGUACCUUUAAUAGGAACAGGGGCGGCCUUAUGGAGAAGAUAGAAUCCCAACCUUCGAUGGUUUAGACCACCCCAGUGCCUGUGCGAUCAUGUCACAUCUGGCCUCUUUAUCUCUUGUACCUGAUGUUGCUACUGUUGAGUGUAUAAGUGGGGUCAUAACAUGGCUAUUUAUUACAAACAUUUUUAAUGUAGAAUGAACUAAAAGUUAUUGGAGCAAAUAUAUAGUAAUGUUAUAAAGUGUCUCUUCAUAUUCUUUGUACAGUAUAUGUGUUAUAAGUCCUUGUUUAAGGCAGCCUUCAGUUUGUGGGUGGAUAAUUGUGUUCUUUGGGGCAAAAUUGCAAAUAUAAAUUUCAUGAAUAUUGUGUAGCGUUAGAAUGGAGUUUUAUGUGGAAUGUAACAUAAGAGAAAUAUUUAAAUUUGAUUUAAACUGAAAAUUAAAAAAUUAAAUUGAUUAACGAAUAGGUU